UAUAAGCAAGGAUUUCCUAUCACAUUACAAACACUGAUUUCUCCAUACACAUUCCAAGAAAUAUUAUUUCUACGUAGACAUAACUGUCAUUAUAAUUAAUAAUUGGUUAGGAAAUCCAGCUUAUUCCAACAAUCGAUCUCGAGGUUGUGACAUCAAUAAAAUUGUUGGUCAGCUGACAGUCAUGGCACUACACUGAAUGAGGAGGGCUAUUCUAUUGAGAUGACGUAGUAAAUACCGACCAAGCCGGAUGGUGAGUCGUUCUUACGACUAAUGCCAUGAGUGAAAGUACAGAAUCGAAAAACUUCACUGACGAUGGAUUAGCUGAGGAAGAGCACGAAAUUCUUUCAAAAACAUCAACUGUUCUUGAAGAAACCGAUUCCGAAAAAAAGAAAAAGAAAAGUGGAUGUCCAGUUUAUUUUGGAGUGAAGUCAUAUUUACACGAAUUCUACGAUCCCAAUUCUGCAGUGAAAGAUCCGAGUAUAUACGAGGAAGAUGACGACUUUGCGCUUCUAUUAAAUCCGAGAUCAAGAAGACGGCGUUGUCCUCCAAUUUGGCUGAAAGUAUGUAUCUGGAGCGGUGCCAAUUUGCUAUUGUUUGGCAUUGUCGGUAUCCUUGUUGGGUAUACAGUUCCAAGAAAAUCGCCGGUAACAAAACUAAGUGAGGACAAAAAUUUAGGAUAUAUUGAUCACAGUGCUGUAUCAUUUAAUACAACUCUUGAUUUAUGUAAGCUGGUUGGUUUGAUACUAUUUUGUUCUGGUGGAAUUAUAUUUGCAAUGUCGCUUCUAUUUCCUAGCUUUUUGACCAAUUAUUGCGAUGAUGACGUCGCCGAAGAUUCUAUAAGAAUACCCAUUGCUGAUGAAAAAACACCUUUGAGUCCGAUCGAAAUGUCGAUCCCCUCAACUUCCAAAGUUAAAAGUGUUCAGCCAAACAGAGUAGCAUUUAAAGAUGAUUUUCCGACAAAAGAUGUGCGUUUUAUGGAUUAAUGGACUGAACACUCAAACAAGUAAUUAAGUAGUGUAAUAUUCGACCACAAAAUAAAUGUGCAUUCAUAUUGUUUUCUUUUUGUCAAACAAGUAAAGCUAAUGAG